GAUAGCAGUGGUGAUGUAUUAAAUGAAGAAGGAAAACAACAGCAGCAGCAGCAGCAACAACAACAAGCCGUGGAAGUUAAUAAUUACAACCAAGUUUACUCAGAAGAUCUUCGUGAGCAUGACGAUAGUGGUAUUGAUAAAGGCAAUCUGAAUGCUUAUUAUAAUGAUGAGGAUGGUAGUGAUGGUGUUGUAGAGGCUAGAACAAAAAGACUUUUAGAAGAUUGGGAUGAAUUAACAGAUUUAUUGGGAAAUUUAAGGUCAAGAUUGAAUGCAUCCAAAGAAGCACAAGAAGUUUUAAAAGCCAUCAAAGAUAUCUCAGUAUUAAUUGGUCAAGAAAAAGGACGAGUUUUAGACAUUGAAUCUUUCUUUAUUGGUGAGGGAGUACCAAGACUACCAACAAAAGACGAUGUCCAAACCAAUCUAAGAGAACUUGAUGAGAUACAAGCUGAAAUUGAUCAUAUGCUUGUACCAAAAAUUGAAGCAUUAGAUGAAUUGCUUAGUAAUUUAUCAGAGAAUGAGCCUAGUUUUACUAAACGGCGUUUAAGUAUAGCAGAAGCAUUUGCAAAUCUGGAAGAAAUGAUAGAUAACAAACGAUCACAGUUAAAUGAGGCAGAAAUAUUGGUAUUAUUUGGCAAGAAGGCAGACGAAAUGAAUACGUUAAUGAGCUCACUGCUUGAAGUUGUUGAUAGAGCCACAACAACAAACGAUGGAUUACCAUUAUCAUUAUUGACUAAAAUCGAAUUGGAUGCAAG